AUGAAUCACUUCGACAAGCAUGGCCUCGACGAGGACAACUUUGGCGCCAAGGGCAGCAUCGUCAGCGCGUUCGAUGCCUUCCCCAAGUCGAAACCCGAAUACGUCACCCGCACCGAGGGCGGCGGCAAAUGGACCCUGGCCAUGGCAGUCGUGUCCGUCUUCCUGCUCUGGGCCGAGAUGGCGCGGUGGUGGCGCGGCUCCGAAUCCCACACGUUCGCCGUCGAAAAGGGAGUCUCGCACUCCAUGCAAAUCAACCUCGAUACCGUCAUCCUCAUGAAGUGCGGCGACUUACACGUCAACGUCCAGGACGCCGCGGGCGAUCGCAUCCUGGCCUUUUCCAAGCUGAACAAGGAUGAGACGAGCUGGUCGCAGUGGGUGAACCAGAAGGGCGUCCACAAGCUGGGCAGAGACAGCGAGGGCCGCGUCGUCACCGGCGCCGGCUGGCAUGACCUGGACGACGAGGGCUUCGGGGAGGAACACGUCCACGACAUCGUCGCGCUGGGCCAGAGAAGGGCCAAAUGGGCCAAGACGCCCCGAGUCAAAGGCGCCCCCGAUAGCUGCCGAAUCUACGGAAGCCUGGAUUUGAACAAGGUUCAGGGUGAUUUUCACAUUACCGCCAGGGGCCAUGGGUAUCGGGGCCAGGGCAGCCAUUUGGACCACUCGCAAUUCAACUUUUCACACAUCAUCUCUGAAUUGUCCUUUGGCCCGUACUACCCUUCCCUGGUGAACCCUCUCGACCGCACCUUCAACAUUGCCGACACCAACUUCCACAAGUUUCAGUACUACGUCUCCGUCGUGCCCACCCGGUACAGCGUCGGCUCCACUUCCAUCUUCACCAACCAGUACGCCGUGACCGAGCAGAGCAAGGGCGUCUCCGAAUUCAACAUCCCCGGCAUCUUUGUCAAGUACGACAUUGAGCCGAUCCUGCUCUCCGUGAACGAGGACCGCGACGGCAUCCUCAUGUUUGUCGUCAAGCUCAUCAAUGUGCUCUCGGGCGUGCUGGUAGCCGGACACUGGGGCUUCACCCUGAGCGAGUGGUUCCGCGAGGUGGUGGGCAAGAGGAGGAGAAGCAGCAACGGCGGCGACGGCGUCUUGGGAACCAAGCAUGGCUACGGUGCCUAG